AUGCCUGUAGCUACCGAACCAUGUUCAGAUAUUCCCAUAUCCUUAGACAAUAUUUCAACAACAUUGAAUGAAUUAUUAAGAUCGUAUGAUCGAAAUUUACGUCCGGAUUAUGGAGGUGUCUCGAACAAAGUAUCUGUAGAUAUUUUUGUUCGAAUUAGUCAGGAUGACUCAGAGAUUCAAUAUGAAUGGAAAAAUGAUUCGAUAGCGGUCGCGAUCGUCAAAGAUCUAAUGUUAAAUCAAUUUUCAUUAAUUGCUACUAAAGUGGGCCGUGGAAAAAUAAGACGAUAUAAUCAUACACAAUCAGUUAUUUAUGUGAUGUUCAAACUUCGACGGAAUAUGGGCUAUUUUCUUUUACAAUUAUAUUGUCCAUGUAGUCUUGUGGUAUUCAUAUCGUGGGUAGGAUGUUGGUUAAACAGAGAAGCGACAAAUGAUCGAAUCAAUCUUGGUGUUACAACAGUGUUAACAAUGGCAUUCAUUAUAAUCGAUGGUAAAAAAGAACUUCCAAAAAUAUCGUACGUGACAGCUUUGGAUUAUUAUUUGGGUGUUUGUUUCGGAUUUGUAUUUUCAACUCUAUUUCAAUUUGCUUGUGUUCAUUUUAACACAAAAGCGGGUACUGGUGAUAUCUAUGAAAAUAUCAGAAUAUUUGAAGACUGUGGUGUUGAAAAUAAUAUUUCAUUUGAUGAAUCCGAUCACGAUAAGCAAACAAUUAAUACGAAAGAAAAACAAGUAUGUUUUCGACCAACAGUUGUACCAUUCAAAAAAUCUAGAUUAUCAUCUAUAUCAUCAUGUUUAAAAUGUAAACCAGCCUAUUCAAAAUUUCAAGGAAAAGUAUUAAAAAAUAUACAUUAUUCAAAUUCUGUUAGUAAACUUGAUAUAUUAGCACGAAUAUUAUAUCCGUUAUGUUUUUUCGCCUUUAAUCUGUUCUAUUGGGUGUAUUAUAUCAAUAUUAGUGAUGAAAGUCUUACUGAUGAGAAUGUAUUACAUUUUAUUUAA